ACACCAAACCAACUCUACUCUUUUUCUCUAUAUAUACAUUGACAUAUGUGUUUUCAAAGCUAAUAGUAAAGUUUAUUUAUAAAUAAUCUUCUUCUUCAUUAUCAAUCUCUCUCUAAGCCACCUGAUUUAACAAGAUUAUUAAUAAUUAUGGGGAGAUCACCCUCUUCUGAUGAGAAUGGGUUGAAGAAAGGGCCAUGGACUCCAGAAGAGGACGAGAAGCUUGUGGAUUACAUCAGAAGACAUGGCCAUGGAAGCUGGAGAGCUCUGCCUAAGCUUGCUGGUCUGAACAGGUGUGGCAAGAGUUGCAGACUUCGUUGGACUAAUUAUCUCAGGCCUGAUAUCAAGAGAGGAAAGUUCUCUGAAGAUGAAGAGAAACUCAUCAUCAAUCUCCAUGCUGUUCUUGGCAACAAGUGGUCAACCAUAGCAGGACAUCUUCCAGGGAGAACAGAUAAUGAAAUCAAGAACUUGUGGAACACUCAUUUGAAGAAGAAGCUUCUGCAAAUGGGGAUUGAUCCAGUUACUCAUAGGCCUAGGACUGAUCUCACUAUUCUCUCCAAUCUUCCACAGCUCAUUGCUGCUGCCAACUUUGCCUCAAACUUUCUCAAUCCAACCAACAACACUACUGCAUGGGAUACUUCCCAAUCACCAACCCCUUCAAAACUCCAACUUCUUCACAAUAUUUUCCAAGUUCUAGGCACUAGUGCUCCUACUCCUAGUCCUAAUAUGGAAGCAAUGCUUAGUCUUCUAGGAUCAUCAGUCUCAGCCUCAGUCUCAGCCUCAGCCUUGACCUCGGUCAAUCAUCGUAAUCAAAAUCUUCAACCCUCUAUAGUUGAUGAGUACUUAAGGUCAGUACAAGAUCAUUACAACAACAACAACAUUAUUAGUUGUGGCCUUUUGGGUAGUGAUGAUCAUUUUGUUAUUAAUAAUAAUAAUAAUAAUAAUAAUGCUCCACCAUUAAUGAACAAUAAUCCCAUGGAAGCCACUCAUCAACAACAAUCCAUAAUAAGCUUAGAUGAUAAUCCAUACACAACCAUGUCUGGCUCCAAACUAUUAUCAAACUCUGCCAAUAUGAUCAUAGAUCAUCAUCAUGAUGAUUUCAAUCAUCAACUUCCUAGGUUGGUUUCAUCUGCAGCCUCACCGAAUGAUAAUGAUGGUGAUGAUGGUGAUGGUGAUGAUAUGAUGUUGAUGAGUAGCAGUAGUGAUAGCAAAAACCAAAAUAAUAAUAAGAGUAAUGAUAAGGCUAAUAAUAACUACUCAUCAUCAUCAACCAACUUUGAUCAAGCUUGGGGAGAUCUUAUAGAAGAUGAUCAUGAACCAGCAAAUGAUGAAGAUUCUUGUUAUUGGAAGGAUAUCAUGGAGUUAGCAUCUUCUCAGACAUUGGUCAAUCUCGUAGACUGAAUUAUUUCAUCUCCAGGUCAUUGAUAUAUAUAAGGGUUUGUUCAUAAAGGGUUAUAUAUGUACAUGCAUAUAUAAUAUAAUAUAUAUAUAUACACACAUGUACACCAAAUAGUUUAGAAGGUUUUGAAUCAUAAUAUAUAUAAUGCGAUGAUGAUAUACUUUAUUUUAUACUGAGUUUUAAUUCAUUUGUAAUUCCAUAUAUUUGUUACCAAUUAAUGUAUUCAUUGUGAAACUCUUUAUAUGUAUACACAAUAUAUAUUAAAUAUUA